UGCCACUUCCAUCACAUUAGAUAUUGAGCCACUGCUGAUACUCCUGUACAUAAGGCUAGAAAUCUACCUUUUCACGAAGACGGGGGCGUCCUUUCCCUUCCUGCUAUGUUAACAUCGUAUGACCCUCAUGGACUUGGAAGCCCUCUUCAUCCACUUGCGGGACGCCUCCUCUUCACUCGACGCGCAGGUCUUGAAGAUUACCAUCGACUCCUUAUCCCUUCCUACCACAUUCCGACCUCAACUUUGCCGUGCACUCCGCCUCUCGGUCUUUCGGCGUGGCGACGCGAGCGUUCGACAGGAUCGCUUACAAUUUUUUGAAGGUCUCCUGUCGUCCCCCAACAAGACGUGGUCCUGCAGCUGUCACGACUGAAGAAAGUCAUUUAUCCUGUUUAUGGUCUCCCCCUUGACGCACCAGCCACUCACCUCCAAGUCCAAAACUGCCGUAAGGAUCAGCCAUGUAUCCUCGUGGUGGCGGGACGUCGCCCUUUCGGAUACCUCCCUCUGGUGUGAGGUCUGUGGUAACUGGCCACGAGAUCAAGUGCUUGCAUGGCUGCGUCGACGUGGCAAGAAGAGACCAAUCCUCCUCAACUGUCACAUACCGUGGGUAGGACAACUUCUCGUUGAUCGAGAGCUCCUAGCUCAGCUUUCGGAGUCGAACGUAUCCGUGAUUCGGCUGCACUCUUCCACGAUCGGGGACAAUACUUGGCUCAGUGCUUGGAAUCACCCAGAUAUGGCCGGAAUCUUGUCACGUAUUACAGAGCUUCAUUCCCCCAACGUCCCCCCUCACGACCUCCCGGAUGCCAAUCUCGAGGUGCUCUUUAUCACCACAAUCUUUGAACCUCAACCUGCAAUGCCCAGGCUACCUCGUCUCCGCUUCCUGUACCUAGAUCAGAUGGGAGUAGCAUGCAAUGUCUUCCUGGCUUCCCUCAGGGAAAUGGAGGCUCUUGAGGUCCUUAUCCUUAACGGCGUGGAUGUUUGGCCAACCGGGCCCACAGAUCAGCUUACCCUGCCAAACCUCCGGGAGCUUACCUAUUUUUCAGGUCAGCACCACAGUAUGAAUUUCCUUCCCUCAUUCGCUGCUCCAUGCUUGAGACGAUUACAUCUGGGAUUCGACUGGGGAGGCCCGAUUAGCCAAGAGGAACGGUCGAUCGCCGCCAUAUCCUACUCUAACUUCGUACGUUUAGGGCAGAAUUAACGCUGUUCUUACCGCCUGUUGUCCUGACUAGUCGUUGAUCAGAUCCUUGAGUGUUCGGAAGUGCGCUACCUCACGUUUGAGGUGAUAUUGACUCGUAUCCUAUCCUCUCUGUUGGAAGAACUUAGCCUGGCCGCCACAUCCGUCCUCCCCAAUUUGGCUGAGCUCGUGAUGCAGAUGAGCGACAACGUCCCUUUCGACCCCCUCCAAGCAUUGAUGAACGCUCGGAGGAGGGUGUUGCCGACCCAUCCGUUGCCAAGCCUCAUUGUAAAGGUUGAGGAGCCAGGCUAUGUGGCGAGCGACCCAUUCCAUCGGCUGGUUCUCGAGGGUCUCGUGAAGGAUAUCGAGCUCAUUACGGAUGAAGCUGUCGAAUCCGCCCCCUGAAGACAAAUCCG